GCAACAGGACUCCACUCCUAUAAAAGCCCUGGUAACCAGGCCUCUACACAUCCUGGCUCUGUCGGGGGGGCUGGCCCGAGUCUCUCAGCCUCACCUGCCAGACAACAUCCCCUCCUUCCUCACCCUGCCUCCUGUAUUCUCCGGAAACCUUGAUCUGCACAAUGCCUCCCAACCUCACUGGUUACUACUGCUUCGUCUCGCAGAAGAACACGGAGGACUACCUGCAAGCCCUAAACAUCAGCUUGGCUCUGCGGAAGAUCGCAGUGCUGCUGAAGCCGGACAAGGAGAUCGACCACCAGGGCAACCACAUGACAGUGAGGACGCUCAGCACCUUCCGAAAUUACACUGUGCAGUUCAACGUGGGAGAGGAGUUUGAGGAGGACCUCAAGAGCAUCGAUGGACGAAAAUGCCAGACCAUAGUAACCUGGGAGGAGGAGCAGCUGGUGUGUGUGCAGAAAGGGGAGGUCCCCAACCGGGGCUGGAGACACUGGCUGGAGGGAGAGAUGCUGUAUCUGGAGCUGACUGCAAGGGAUGCAGUGUGCCAGCAGGUCUUCAGGAAGGUCAGAUAGCCGGAGAGGAGCCGAGCCCCUCCAGACAGCGCCUGGCCCACAGACCCUCCUGUCAUGUCCCCUUCAAGCCCAGAUGGUGCCAGGUCAGCCGUCCCUUCCUCCAGCCACCUCCUCUCGCUGGGUCCCUUCUUACCCCUCCCCGUGUUAAUCUGUAACUUGCAGCCCCCAGGCCAAAGUCCUUUCUCACACUCCACUGCCCAGUAGUGACCUCACUUCCAGAUCAAGUUCUGGCCUCCUAGAUGAAAGAAGCAGGCAGAGGGAAGGGCCCUGAGAACAGCCAGUCCCCGCUCUCUCCUGUCCAUUUGAACUCUCCUUUUCCUUCUAAGAAAGAGCUAAGCUUUGGGCAUUUGGUGAUUAGUGAAAAUUAUAUCCUGACGGACUUCCAGAAAACUGUGACUGGGUUUCAAGAGUUUAAACAGCAGCUGCCGGCAGAGUC